AUGAGUGAGUCCACGGAGCCGGUCCGUGAUGGCGUGGACGAGUUCGUGGUGGAUCCCAUCCGCGUCUCUCUCCUCGCCACCAUCGACGACGAGAACACUGCCUACAAAGACCCGAACAAGACGGAUGGCUAUUCUCUCUUCGAAGCCAGGACCAUCGACAUAUGGGAGAAAGUCGGCCGGGGCGUGCAGGUUGUGGAUCGAAGCUACCCGACGGCCAAGCACGACGACACGGGACCCCCGGGCGAUCGACAGAUCAAUUAUCUGCCCUUCCUCGCUGAGGACGUGCAGGAGCUGGUCCAUCAGUGGGAUCUCAAUCGCAAAUACACCUGGAUGAGGCCGAACGCGCGAGAAGUGGGAAAUUUUCAGCGCAAGACGGUCUGGAGCUUUGAUGUCGAGCCUCCUAGGGCGCUCCGAAUGGCAUCGCGCCCAUCGCUCAAGUCGUCGACAUACAACCCACGGCGCGACGACUCGUUCCUGUGGUCGUUUGCCACGUCUCACUCCCUGCGCGACGGCAAGACCCGGUGCCUCCUCGACGGUCUCACGGACUGGGCCAUCAGCGACGUCUCGCGCCGUCUCCUGAAAGCAAGCCAGCAAUGGGACGUGCACCCGCUGCACGCGCCCGUCAUCCCGCUCGGCAUCUUCUUCGACCACGCUGCCUGGGAGGUCAACCGGCUGUGCGCCGAGGUGGGCCACUUUGAGUCCCUGUCGCGCGCCGCGCAGAUCGGCUCGCUCGAGCACUUUGCCAACAUCACCACGCAGCUGCAGUACGUGCAUCGGAACCUGGACUUUUUGCGCUCGCUGGCGAAGUUCCUGCUCGAGACGAUGGAGUUCCUCGAGCAGAAGAUCUUCCUGCGCGAGUGGGACCGCCGCCGCAACAAAGGAGGUGGCACCAAGGGAGGAGGUAGAGGAGGCGACGAUACCUUCCCCUCGUACCGCACCUACGUCUACCAGACCAACCCGCACAUGGAGGAGAAGUUGAUGAACAUCUCGCAUUUGAUCGAGCGCAACCGCUCCACGUGCCAGUAUCUGCAGGCGAGGACGAGAGAUGCUCUGGAUUUUAUCAAAGGCAAAAUCUCCCUCUGCGACAAUGAAUCAGGCCGCGAGGACGCCGACUCCAACAAGACCAUGUCAUUCUUACAAAUGGCGUUUCUGCCCGCGACCUUCGUCGCCGCCAUCGUGUCCAUGAACUUCUUCGGCCUGACCACCUCCCCGCCGCGGGUUAGCGGCUACGGCUGGAUCUUCUGGGUGAUCAGCCUCGGACUCACGGCACUCGUGCUCGGGUUGUAUUUCUUCUGGCGGUGGAGGGGCAGAGUCAAAGCCCAAGAAGAGCAAGCCGAGGCGCGGAGGUGUGAGAUGGUGCUCAGCUUUGAGGAGGGAGGCGGAGGGGGAGGGGAGAGUGGGUAUGGCACUGGGACUGGGACGGCGAGUGAGGAUGAGGAGGGAGGGGGGAGGAGGAAGAAGCGGAGGAGGCGAAGAAGCAGAAGGGGAAGGGAAGGACGAUGCCUAGUGAGGACAGCGCAGACGAUGAUGAAGAAAAAGGAGAAGCCCGAGUUGGUCAUGUAG